CCGGAGAGACCCGAAGAAUUUAAAGCUGUUAAUCAAUGAAUUUAUAAUUCAUUUACACUUCAUUGUUAACGAAACAGUCAUAAGUAGCGAGUGGCUAAACAUAAAAGCUUGACACUUUGUUAUAAUUUAUUAAAAACAAGCAUUUCCGAAAUUUACCGAUUAUCACGGAAGUACAGCAGGCGCAUGCGUGCGACGUGGUAACUAAAUAUGGCGGAGUCGCAGUGAAAACAUCGCUCGUCGAAAUCAUUUUUUGUGUGAAAACGUAAGAGAAUUUGAUCUUGAAGUAUGGGUGCCAAUAGCAGCAGCAUAAGUGAGCUCUCAAAAAAUGAACAUUUGAAAAGACUUGCUGGCAAAGAUGUUCUUUCCGAAAAUGAUCCUUUUUGGAAUCAGCUUUUGUCUUUUUCAUUCUGUCCACCACAGACCAGUGCUGAUAAUCGACUGUUGAUGGAACAAAUCAGCCCAAUAUGUAAAGUAUUUGCUGAGAACAACUUACAAACAGGUAACUUUUGUGCUUUAGUGAAUGUCUUUUUGAUGCGAUGUGUUGAACUCAAGGCAUCCACCCAGUGUGAAAAUGACAUCUUCACGUGGCAGACACACAAUGCACUGUUCAUCAUACGAUGUCUGAUAAGUUAUUUUAUUGAAAACAUGUCAGAGGGUGGUUUAUUACGAGAGUUUGCUGUCAAGGACAUACAACAAGGCAACCAGACUGGAGAGCCUCUGCUAGAGAAGUUUAUCGAUGCUCUGAUUCACUUACUCAUUGAAGUUCCGGUAGUUAACUUCACAUACGUGAUCCAUUUAGAAGCUACCAAUUUAUUGCUGACAUUGUUAUCAGUUCAGCUGUUCAUACCCAGGAUAGCUCAUAAAUCUAUCUUUUUUCAAUACCUCAUGCAGGGAAAAUGCUCAAAAGAUGCCUGUCCAUUGGUGAAAACGUUAUUAGAUCACAUUAUUAAACACGAACCAUGUCCGCCAGAAGCUCUUGGUGGAUCCCACGCUGGUAGUAUGUUGUAUGGUUUUGGUGCUGCUGUAGCAUCUGGUCUGUGGUCCAUGGUGACAUUGGGUUAUGGUGGACGUAGUGCACCACCAGAUGACGAGGACAGAGCCAUAUUAGCCAAUCAAAGUCUGUUGUUAUUAUUGGUGUUAGCCAAUCAUUAUACACAUGAGAAGGGAAUGCAUAAUCCUUAUAGACAGGCAUUGUGUACAUUUGGUAAUUUGCAAGAUUCGGCUCCUUCCAGUCCGACAUCACCUAUGCCAGUGUUUCGUAUGAACCUAACAGGUUUAUAUGACGCCUUUUGUAAACACAUGAAGAGUGAUCAGAUGACAUUGUUACUGUAUUUAUUAUUACAUAGAAACAGUAAUAUCAGAGCAUAUAUAUUAUCCAGGACAAAUAUUGAACAACUGGUUGUACCAAUUCUAAAGAUUCUAUACAGUGCACAGGAGCGCAACUCUCAUCAUAUCUACAUGGCGUUGAUAAUUCUCCUUAUUAUGAGUGAAGACGAUGCUUUUAAUAAAUCAGUUCAUGAAUUAAUUGUCCGGAAUAUUACGUGGUAUACUGAAAGAAGUAUAACAGAGAUUACACUAGGUGGUUUAAUUGUCUUGGUAGUGAUCAGAACGAUACAAUAUAAUAUGACAAGAAUGAGGGAUAAAUAUCUUCAUACGAAUUGUUUAGCAGCAUUAGCCAACAUGUCAUCACAGUUUCAUUCACUACAUCCGUAUGUCACACAGAGGAUAGUCAGUUUAUUUGAAUUAUUAUCAAAGAAACAUGCUAAAAUCUUAGAACAUCUUCGAAAUUCACCAAAAAUGGAACACAAUAAUCAAAACGAUGACAGAUCAUCAACUCCAGAUUAUGCUACAGAUCUAGCAGUGUUGGAAGAGGUGAUACGGAUGGUAUUGGAAAUAGUGAAUUCAUGCCUAACUAACACGUUACAUCACAAUCCUAAUCUAAUUUAUACAUUACUGUAUAAAAAGGAUUUAUUUGUCCCGUUCAGAACUCAUCCCACAUUCCAGGAUAUUAUACAGAAUAUUGACACUGUGUUGAAUUAUUUCACUUCUAAGCUAGAGCAGCAUGGUACAAGUAAUCUCUCGGUUCAUCAGGUUUUAGAUGUUAUCAAGCAAGCUAUAUUGCAGUGGCCAAGAGACAGGCUUAAGAAAUUUCCUGAGUUGAAGUUCAAGUAUGUGGAAGAAGAUCAACCUGAAGAGUUCUUUAUUCCUUACGUCUGGUCUUUAGUGUUUCAUUCUUCCAAUCUCUAUUGGAAUAGCGACAAAAUAGAACUGUUCACUCUCAAUUCAUAACACAGGCAUAUCAUAUCUCAACAUGCAAACUUUCAACGCAUUUCAGUGCAUGAAGCAACGUUUUGUCUUUUCAAAUAUUAUGGAUGGUUUGAUGUAUUAGUUUUUAAUUUGGUGCCAGAAGACAACAGACGUGUGCUUUGUACUAUGUGAAUUCAUAUGCAGCUUGUGAUGAUUUUUCUUCUCUUAGUACAUACAUAUAAAUAGCUAAGUUGUGGAAUGGCAUUGGAAUUAUUAUCAAGCAGUAUUUCCACAAUUAAAAGUGCAUGUGCUUAUGGAAAAGAUUAAAACUAGGCUUGCGGUAAAAGCUUUCUUCCAGAGCACAAUCUGAUGGCUAUUAAUUAUUUAAUAUCAAAAACUUGUUUUGGGUGAAUUCAAACUGUAUACCUAAUUUCUCCAGCUUAUGUUACUACCGGAAAUUAACUAGUAGGUCUAAAUUGAAUUACACUGAGAAGAUGCAACUCACAGUCAAAUUAGGAUCAACCCCUCGUUGGGUGCCACCUACCCUCCAAGGGUGUGCUUGAAAUAUAGUGAUAGCCUUCUGUGCUUUGAAGCAGGUCCUGUGUGCAGGCAUUCAAAUAAGUACCUCAGUACUGAAGUAAAUAGUUCCUGAGCUUUCUAAUAUCUUAUUCUUGAGUUGUUUUGUGCAAUAUGUAUAGAUGUUUACUUUGGGCAGACUUGAAAUGCUGUAUAGUAUGGAAUAGAAAUUAAGGUGCCAAUCCUCCAUCAUUUACUCGCCAAUAAUGACCAGAAAAUGUGAAACAAAUCUAUAUAAACUCUGUGCCAACCUCUGAAGUAAUAUUGCACACAUUUUCGUCCCAAGAUUGUUAGCAUUAAACUUGUUUUGGGGAAGCAAAUUUGGGCUUUAAUUUCAAUGUAUAUGAACAGCAGAUGUUAUAAAUGACUGGUGUAAUGUUAGACCUACAUUUCAUUAUUCUUCACUGUUAAAACCCUCUGUACCGGUAGUUAUCCCAAAUUGCUUCAAACUAUUGUACGCUUCGUACACUAUCCUAGACACUGCGUGAAUCAGUAUCACUACGUGAUGUUGCAUCAUCUGAUAGCAAAGCGUUUCUGUGUUGUUAAAUGGGUGUAAGGGAAGCCAUUCACAACGUCAAUAUUAUUUUAUUCUGUGGACGUCCAUGUAUAAAAACUGUUUUUACAAGCAUUUGAAAUUACUGGCAUACAUUGUAGUAAGAUGUGAAAUUUAUAAUUUCCUAAUUAAGCAGCUCAGUGAAUCUUGGUUUGGUAGAAUUAUUCAACCCAACGAUGCCAGGGUGUAAAAAUUCAGUAAUCUUUGGUUUUCAUGUAUUACUUUUCAUUUAGCAUGUCGAAGAAACUACUAUAGAAUAAUUUAGUUUUACUUGAAAGUUAUUUUCACUCUUUCUGCAGGGUUGAAUGAGUGAAAAUACUCCUCCCCCUUGUGUUCUGCAUAUAACUCAUCAUGAGUCACUGAAAUGUAUCACAACAUGCAUUAAAACGAAAAAAAAUUUCAGUUGAAAUAUUCGAAAGUAUUUCUUGUUCUUGUGGCUAACAAUGUUUUGCAAGCAGCUUUGCUGACUUUCUUUCCCAAUAUUGCUCAACUGUCUUGUACACCUACAUCUUGUAAUCUAAAGUUGUGGAAUUGUUUAUUCUAAACCAUUUUAAUAUUGCAUGAUGUGCGAAUAUGUGUCGCUGAUGGGGGGGGGGGCUAUAAACUGUGGCAAUAUAUUCAAUACAACAGCAGGUAACAGUUUUGCAAGUUUAUCGACACAAAUAGGCAAUCAAUUAACAUUUGUACCAAUAUGAAUUUAAUCCUUCAUUGUGAAACCAGCACUGUAAAUAUUUUUUG